AUGGCUGAGUCACAAGGUGGUGAUGUUAGUUCGGGAACUAGGCGCAAACAAGGUGCAGCUAGCUUUGCGGCUGUGCACAAAGUGUUUGAUGCUAACAAUGUGUCGAAGCUCUUGUCCAAUGUUUCAACAAACCACCACCACGAAGCAGUGGCUACUAUAUCCUAUGAGGCUCAGACUAGGCUAUCUGAUCAGGUUUAUGGUUAUGUGUCCACCAUUCUUGCUUUGCAGCAACAGGUGGCAGCAAAAGCGGAGAUCUCAAUGAUGGAAACUGAGCUGAUGAAAAGAGGAUUUACAUGUGAAAAUGCUCUUCAAACAACACCCCAGCAGCAGCCUCAGAUGUUACAUCAGCCAAACUUCAACGUAGCAGUGCAGCCAGUAUAUUCCAACAAUUCAUAUGGUUGCACCAACACCUCAUGA